AUGCUUGUGUGGCUAGACUUGAUCUGCAACUAUUUUGGGGUUAAAAUUGCCUUCUACUUCGCCUGGCUUGGGCACUAUACUACCGCUUUACUGUUGCCUGGGAUCGCUGGUCUUGCAUAUUGGUGCGGAUUUUGUAACGCCGGGGAUCAAGUCAGUGAAGAUGCGGGCUUUGUGCUCCUUGCCGUUGUGAACGUAAUUUGGGCCACGGUGUUUCUGGAAGCCUGGAAAAGAAAAGAAAAAGAGCUGGCUUAUAAAUGGGGAACGUUGGACCAACGUGACGAGCUUCUGACUGAUCCGAGGCCGAUGUACACUGGGCCCAUUGAAGUCAGUCCUGUGACGGGGAUUCUCGAGCCGUGUUUCGCGCCGUGGAAGCGGAAUGUGGUGCGCUACGUUUUCAGCUUCCCGCUGAUGCUUUUCUGCUUGACUGUGGUAUCCGGUGUGAUGUGGACGAUGCUACAAAUUCAGGAUUAUUGGGACGAUUACUUGGAGAAAUCUUUCCCCUACCUCACGGUUGCGAGUUACAUUCCCAAAGUCAUUAUGGCUCUGUUAGUAACAUUUUUUGAUUGGAUUUACAAACACGUAGCAGUUUGGCUGAACGACCUCGAGAAUUACAGAGGCGAGGAACACUAUCAAAAUCACCUGAUCGUCAAACUAGUGCUGUUCCAGUUCGUGAACUCCUUUGUGGCCUUAUUCUAUGUGGCUUUUUAUCUGCGAGACAUGGAAAAAUUACGAGAUGUCAGGCAAAGAAAGCGACGUAAAGACGAAGAAAAAGAGCCCUCACGUUCAUCCACGCCUCAGAGAACUGUGAGCCAGGCUGAGCUGGAACUGCAAAUGCCGAAGUAUGAUGGAACGUUCGAAGAUUAUUCGGAACUUUUCAUUCAAUUCGGCUACGUGGCUUUUUUUUCUUCGGCCUUUCCGCUUGCCUCUUUGUGGGCUUUGUUCAACAAUAUUAUCGAGAUUCGCACCGACGCUUUCAAGCUUUGCUACGUUUUACAGCGACCUUUUGGAGAACGCGUGCAAGGCAUCGGCGCUUGGCAGAAAUUCCCGAUCAAUGAAAUGCCGGUUGAUUAUUCUGAAUCUAUGGAAUUUUCUGGGGGGUUGCAGCACGUGAUGCUCAUUUUGAGAGGACUAUUGAGAUAUUGUAUCCCCGAUAUACCGUCCUGGAUCGCUACGGAAAUGGCGAAGAUUGAAUUUUCUCGUCGCACUGCCGCGAGGAAUAUAAAGAUGGAAUCGACCCGUGGCCACGCAGUCUUCAAACGUCAAUUCGGUCCUGCCCGUUUGAGUUAUCUUCAUGGUGUUCGUGCGAAGGUGUACGACCCAUUGAGUGAUGAUUGCGAAGGUGCCGGUUCAUCGCCGGGGUUCUUCUCGAAAGCGGAAACCCGGAAGUGGUUGUUGUUGCUCACUAUCGGAGCGGCAGUGGUUUAUGCAGCUCGUGUGACGAUGCCGUUGUGUCUCGUGGCCAUGUCCACUUCGCAAAAGUGGUCCAAGAAGGACUCGGGCUCGCUGCUUUCCGCCUUUUUCUGGGGAUAUGCGUUGACUCAGGUGCCUGGCGGGACGCUGAGUGAUAGAAUCGGAGGAGAGGUUGUGCUUCUGUGGAGCAGUAUGGUGUGGUCCUUCAUGACUUUCAUGCACCCUGUGGUGGUCCAUUUAUUCGCCGGCUCAAAAACGUGGGUGAUUCAAUCCUUGCUCGUUGUUCGAGUGAUAAUGGGUGGUGCUCAAGGAAUGUUCUUCCCAGCUGUCGCAAGUCUGAGUUCCAGGAAACUCAGUAAAUUGCGAAGAAGUGCUUUUUUUGCCCGAGCGUCUUCGGGAUCAUCAUUGGGCACAAUUUUUAUAGGUUCUGUUGGAAGUCUCCUUUUGGCGUCUUUUUCAUGGGAGAUGGUUUUCCUCGUGAUCUCCAUGUUAUCGCUGAUCUGGCUAUGGGCUCUGUAUUCGGCAAAUCUUCGCGUUUCGUCGAAUCGGGUUGUCACUUUAAGUGACCCUGCCACUUUGCUAGUGAAUCGAUCCGACAACGAACCGAUACCGUGGAGUGCUUACUUGUCGAAGUUUUCGCUCUGGGCUGUGAUUAUUUGUCAUGUGGCGCAGAAUUUCUGUUGGUUUCUUCUCAUUUCUUGGAUGCCGACAUAUUUUGCCGAGGAUAUUGCUCCGAAACACACUGGUAGCAUUUUCGGAGUGCUCAAUUCCGCAGGAGCAGUACCGGGAUUCGUAGGAGUUUACUUCGCUGGCUACGUUUUGGAGACCACGAAGAGCUGGGGCUUUGUUUUCGGUACUUGUGCGUUAAUUAACGUGUCAGGGUGCUUGGUAUUCCUGUUGUUCGGUCGCGGAGCAAUGGAGUACUCAUGGACGAGCUUGUUGUUCUUCCUACUGGUCCUGUUGCGUUCCUCGGUGUCUUGGGGCUCGGCCGUGCCUUUCGACCUCGCCGCUCUCUCGCCCAUGAUGCUGCUCAACUUCACGCUGUCUCCCGACGAGAUCGUGGGCCUCAAGGAGAUCCACUCCACCGAAGUGUCUUUCGCACCCGUGCUGCCGGACGGGAAGCCCCUGGACUUGUCCUCCCUGCCCGACGACUGCCUCAUCACCCUCAAAGUGCUGAAUGACCAAGUGGUGAACAUCACGACCCGGACGGUGUUUCACUUGAACGACACGGACGAGUUUGGCGACAAUUUCACGUUCACGCUCAGGGGCCGGUUCCUGGGACGCACGGAAGUGGAGCUGGUGUUGAAGAAUAAACAAGGAGUGAUUUUUGCCCAACGGCGCCUGCCGGUGUCCGUCGUGCGCCCCAUGAACACGCUGAACCACAUUUUCAUCUACUCCAUCAUAGCCCUGGUGUCGAUGGCGUAUAUUAACAUGGGUAGCACGCUGGAUUUUGAUGUGGUCAAGAAAGUGGUGAUGAAACCCGUUGCUCCUGCCGUGGGCUUGGCCUGUCAAUACGGCUUCAUGCCUCUCGUUUCUUUCGCAUUAUCGCAGUUGUGCUUUGAGGAACCCACUUUACAACUGGGUCUGUUUGUGACUGGGAUCAGCCCUGGCGGAGGUGCAUCCAACAUUUGGACCGUGGUUUUGAACGGAAAUAUUAAUUUAAGCAUUACCAUGACUUUCAUUUCGACGCUUGCUGCAUUUGCAAUGAUGCCCGCAUGGAUAUUCUCCCUGGGACGAAUUAUCCUGAAAAAAGGAGACCUUUACAUUCCCUAUGAGAAAAUAGGCCUGAUGAUAGUCAUCCUGCUUGCGCUGAUCACGAUCGGAAUCCUGAUUCGAUGCAUAUUCCCGCGGCUUGCUGGCUGGUUGGUCCGUAUCAUCAAGCCGCUCUCUGCCAUCCUACUCGUCUAUAUAUUCACCUUUGGCAUUUAUGCGAAUUUGUAUAUCAUCCGGUUGCUCACUUGGGAGGUGGUUACGAGCGCCGUGAGCCUCAUCUGGGUGGGAUUCGUCUUUGGCGCCGUGGUGUCGAAAAUGCUGAAUUUCGGCAAGGAAGACAUAAUUGCGAUCGCUAUCGAAACCGGGAUUCAGAAUAUGGGAGUUGCGAUUUUGUUCCUCUACUUCUCACUGCCGCAAUUGGACGCUGACAUGACACUGGUGGUUCCGAUAACGUCUGCGGUUGCGAUGCCGGUGCCAUUGACGAUCGGCGCAGUCAUUGUGAAGCUGAAAGAAUUCCUGGACAAGCAUAGAAGUGCCAAAGAUGAAGAAGCUGCUGUUUCUCUCACUUAUCAGCUGAGGCCUGAUACUGAAACGUCGGAGUCAUUAGCGAAUGUUCCUGCGGGAAAGCCGGGUUCGGCCACUGCUUCCACCGGCACCAAACCCGCGAUGCCGCCGCCGCAAGGACCCCUGCCGCCGAAAUCGUUAGUCGGCGACGUGACGGCCACCAUCCCAGAAGAGGAAAGCGGAACGUUGCUCUCGAACAGCAGAGAGAGCAAGAAUUCAGUUCUGUAA